UUCUAUUAUUUCUGGCGUGCAAAAAUGCCAUUCGCCAAAAGGAUUGUGGAACCACAGCUUCUGUGCAGGCACCAGAUCCCCAACGAUGAAGGUCUGCUUUUCGAGGACCUGUGUGCCAUCAGUAACGUGGUUCUGUCCCGGACCUUGCGACAGCUGUCCGACCUGGCCCGGCACGCCUGCUCCUUAUUUCAGGAGCUGGAAAACGACAUCAUUAGCACCAACCAGCGAGUCUGGGUCCUCCAGAACAAAAUAGGCCAGAUACAGCAGACUGCCAGUGCCCUAGACCCAAAAAAGGAGGCAGUGCCUGUGUCAAACCUGGAUAUAGAGAGCAAGCUGUCGCUUCACUAUCAGGCUCCAUGGCACCAGCAACACAACGUGUUUCAUCCCUGUACCCGACCACCAUGUCUGGAGGAGCUGCACAGAAGCGCUCAGCUCAGUCUCAGAGCCCUGCACCGAGACGAGCAACAGCACCAUCGCUCCACGAGUCGGGAGAGAAACAGGGUGACCAUCUCUAUCUCAGUGGCGCCCCCUAUGCCCACCUUCCCCUCACCACACAGCAUCCGCCGGCAACAGAGGAGUCGCCUGGCAAGAGCGCAAGAGAGAGCAGAGAGGGAGCGAGAGUUAGACUAUCAACCCAGGAAGGAGAGGACCGUGAAAGAAACAGAGAUCCAGACCAUACAGCGAAAAGAGAGGUCAGGGAGAGAAGCAGAUGUUCAGACGAUCCAAAGAAAGGCUACCUCGACAGGGGAAGGCGAGGGUGGCGAGGUUGUAGGAGGCCACAGAGCCAAGUCCUCAGCCCCCAGUGUCCCCUCAACCCAGGAUAAACAGACGAACUGGUCCAAGGAAAACCUCCCGCCAACAGAUCAGAAGUCAACUGCCGAUUCCCAUUCCAUCUCCUCCUGCAUCAUCCCCAUUAACGUCACAGGAGUUGGGUUUGACAGGGAAGCAAGUGCUCGUUGCUCUCUAGUCCAUUCCCAGUCGGUUCUUCAGAGGAGAAGGAAGCUGAGGAGGAGGAAGACUAUCACAGGAAUACCCAAAAGAGUACAACAGGACAUGGACUCAGAUGAAUCACCUGUAGCAAGAGAGCGCACAGUGAUUGUCCAUGCCAACCCGCACCAACUCUCUCUCUGUCAGGAAGACCUCUUAAUCAGUGGUCGCCUCCAUCACACUCGUGACUCUGGCUGCCAGACAGAUGAUUUCCUUAUAGCAUGUACAGCAGCUCCCUCCAGAAGGCGCAUCAGAGCCCAACGUGGCCAUCAGGGAAUCCCUGCCUCUCUCUCCCAUUCAACAGGCAACAUUUCUUCCCUGGGUGACCAGUCAGACUCCACAUAUACAAGCUCUGCAGCCCACGGUGGACGCCUGCGCUCUCGUAGCUUGCCUCGAGAGGGUGGACGUCUAAUGGACAGUGAUGAAGAUGACGAUGACAAUUAUGAUGAUGACGACGAAGAUGAGGAUAUGUCACCAUACGAAGCAGAGGACUUUAUUCCACCUGGCCCUAGUCCAAGAAUGAAGAUGAUGAUGAUGAAGGAUGAAGAGGAGAGCACUGAUGACCAGGCAGCUCCUGAGCCACUGCAACUUGGAAGCCUAAAAAGGUUGCAGCGUUCUGGAGAGAGAGACAGAGGGGGUGGAGGGGGAGGAAGCCCAGAGCACAGCUGGAUGGAGAGGGGCCGUUCUCGCUUGCCCCGCAAAGCUGAUAUGGGCAGCUGCGAGAUCUCAUCAAGUUCAGAUACAUUCAGCAGCCCUAUACACUCGGUUUCGACAACAGGAGUCCUAGGCAGCCAUGUAGACCACAAGGAGGACCACCAGUCGUCAAGUGGGAACUGGAGUGGUUCCAGCUCCACCUGCCCCUCUCAGACAUCUGAAACAAUCCCCCCACCUUCCUCUCCACCACUGACAGGCUCAUCCCACUGCGACUCAGAGCUGUCACUCAACACUGUGCCCAAUGCCAUUGAUGAGGGAUUCUCCCUGGAUCCGUCAUACCACUCAGACCUCAGACCCCAGGGCCAGGGCCACAGGUCAAGCUCAUUCACAUCCUCAGCCACUGACCAGCUGGACGAUGCAGGGGUCAGUACAGCCAGUGAGGGGGAGUGGACAUACCCUCCAGACCAAGACCAGACUGAUCCAGACCAAGACCCUGACCAAACCCAAAAUCUGAGCCGGAGCCAGGAGUAUAGCUCCAAACAAGGUCUACAAACCUGUUUCAGUGACAAAACCAGCAGCACUGAAAAAGAGUCUGGCUCUCACUACCCAUCUGAUACAGAGGGUUUCUACUCCUCUUCUGUGCAUUUUGGGGAGUGUAAUCAGAAUUACAGAGGAUACAUGUAUAACUAUGCAGACCCAGGGCCUGACUGUGGCCAAUCCAACACUGUGGCAGCACCACUAUCCCAUGGGCAUUACCCCCAGCCCUCAGCUGACUUCAGGGCAGGUACAAUGACCCUGGGGAGGACCUGUCGUCCCCUGAGGAAACCAAAAGUCAAACCUCCACCACCCAAACGGACCUCCUCGCUGAAGGACACCUGUACCGGUGUUGAUGUUGGAACGGACACGCAGGCAGAUCAGGAUCAACCAAAGACAGUUAGUGAACAAGAGCUUACCUUGUCUUCCACAGAUAUGAAGCUGGAGCUGGAGCUAGAGCUUGGAGGUGCUCCAGAACCAUUACAGACAUCCUGUCUAGUGGCAGAGCCUUUGGGAACUUGGGGAAGGGGACUAGGUGAAAGUGUGGACAUAGUAGAGCCCAUGUCCUUCAGCUCUGCAGAUACACACUCAUUUAAGGAUGACGGUGCUGUGCAAUCUGACUAUGCAGACCUGUGGCUUCACAACACUGAGCUGAAGUCCAACAAUGGUGAGUACACGUCCAUGUCCAACUCAAGCACAGCCACAGGCACUACCGUCAUGGAGUGUAUCAAGUCACCAGACAGCUCUUCCUCAUCCACAGAAAACCAAACCCAGGCCCCCACCCAGGCUUCAGAGACCAGGGCAACUAGUCCACCUCUCCCACCAGGAGACUUCAAACUUGGGUCACCUGAGAAGCUGGCUGGCCUUGCCUCACCAUCGAGUGGCUAUUCCAGCCAAUCAGAGACACCAACAUCAACCUUGCCCUCAUCUUCGGCAGCGUUCUUCCCAGGACCACUAUCUCCCUCAACUGGCAAGAGAAAGCCCAAAGUGCCCGAGAGGAAGUCUUCUCUCUCUUCCCUGCAGCACUUCCCCAGAGAUGGAGCUUCCAUUUCUUCUGGCUAUAAGAGAGACCCAGACUUCCCACCUCCACCCUCUCAACUCGAUCUCAAUGUUCUUCAUGGUGGCUAUGUCAGACACACACUAUCCCAUCGAACACACCACAUGCACACCCUCCACCACAGCAAACACCGAGUUGCAAAUGUUUUAGCAACGGGACAAAAGUUGUUGGCUCCUGAAGCAUCAAAUAUCAACCCACCGCCAAGUUCACACUCUGCUCUAACAAUCCCCAGCUCCAAUCUGUUGGCGAUAACUCCAUCUGCUCUUCGUUCAGUGCAGCUCCAUUCUAUUAGUCAAUCUACAGAUAGUGCUACCACAGCAGACCAUGAAACCACAAGCGGAGCAGAAACUGUUACAAGACCCAAAUGUCCUCCUAGUGGUUCUACUCUGGCUCCACCACCUAUUAACACAAGGCCUCUCCCUCCUCGCAGACCACCUCCCAGACCCCCGUGUCAUGACCACACCUCCUCCCCAGAACACUCGCAACCACCUCCCCCUGGCCGACACCCUGAUGGGCCUCCAUCCUAUGAAAGCCUGCUACUCAGACAGGACCGCUAUGGGCCUGGAACCUUCUGGGCUAUGACCGCCUUCAGAACUCGGAUGGACCCAUCAUCUGAACUCUCUGACGAUAGCUCACCCCUGCAUCGGCCCGUGCCACGUGCUCCCCACCCUUCGCCUGUGGAUUUACACACGCAUAUCCACUCACACACAGAGUUCAGAGGGCUCACACACUCAGCUCAUGCACACCCUGAGUUUAGGGUUUUGGGGGAGCGCUCGUUCUCCCAGGAUGAUGAUGAUGAUGAAGACGAGGAGGAGGAAGAGGAAGAGCAAGUGAAAGAGCCACCGAGAGCUGCAUGUUCUAGAGGAGGCAUGCGAUCGGACCACCCGCCACCCCCAGCAUAUGAAUUUGCCGGGGUAUCCCACUCAGACUCAGGGCCCUGGGCUAGUCCAGUCAAAGUGCCUGGUACCACAAUGGAGACAUCGCAUCCUUACCUAAUCAGCGAUGCAAGGAGAGGAGGACAUGAAGAGCAGGAGGAAGAGGAGGAAGUGACAUCAGGUGCUACCAGAAGUGCCCAUCAGCAGCAGCCACAGGAGAGCAAAGAUGACUCCACUACUCCUGACACUGAGGAUUACUUCAGUAAAGGUUUGUCUUGUGCUACAGAUUCAACUCCUAGUGAUAAUUCGCUCUCCCCUCUGAUGGAUGACACCAAAGUGGAUGAAGACAUUAUUAUCACAUCACCAAACAAGACCCGGACAACCGAGGACCUGUUUGCCAUGAUACACAGAUCCAAGAGAAAGGUCCUGGGCCGUAAAGAUUCGGGAGAAUUAAAUGCAAAGUCUCGUCUCUGCCCUGCAGCACCAGUAACCCCUGUUGCCACCGCCAUUAUCCCACCAGCCCCUCCUCUCAACAUGCCAGCCACCUUAGCCACUGCUGCAGGGUCGCAACGAGCCCCUGUGCCAAUCUACCGCAGCGCCAAGAAAUCCAGCACGUCAAAUGAGGAGUUUAAACUCCUGCUGCUGAAGAAAGGUAGCAGGUCUGAUUCCAGCUACCGCAUGUCAGCUACAGAGAUUCUGAAGAGCCCUAUCACCCCUAAAACCCCAGGGGACCCCCUUCAGGAAGGGGCCAUUAGACCAGCUGAGGAGCUACCCUCUACACUCCAAGAGGCCCACAUCUCUAGCUUGGACCCAAUCCAGAUACCAGGCCUUUUCCCAAGAGCCAACUCUGAGAGUUUCACACCCAAAACCCUGCCUAUGUCAGCUGCAUCUCGACAGGGACGUUCUCGGAUCCCCCCUGUAGCCAACAGCAGUCGGUACAGUACACGCAGCCGCCUCUACACAGCCCCCAUGCAAGCCAUUUCCGAAGGGGAGACAGAGAACUCAGAUGGGAGCCCCCAUGAUGACAGAUCAUCCUAAAACCACCUGAUGAGAGAUGUCCUCUAAUCUUAGCUGUGUCCUACGUUUA